AGCACUAAUUUGUCUAUUAGCAAUUAUUGUUAUCUCAUAUAUGUGUUGUCUCUUGAUCCACACUUUGUUUUCACUGUUCCAACUCUAUCUCUCUAACCUCCCAAUAUGGCCAAUUCCCACCAACCGUUUGUUGCACUCAUCGUCGGCGUCACCGGCAUGGCGGGGUUGAGCCUAGCUGAAGCCUUGAAGAGCCCCAGUGCCCUCGGCGGUCCUUGGAAAGUUUAUGGCUCUGCUUCACGUCCCAUACCAACUUGGUUCCCUUCCUCGCUCCUCGAUAAAUACAUCGCUUUUGAUGCCACCGACGCCGGAAACACCGCUGAUACGCUCGCUCCAAUCUCCGGCGAAGUCACCCAUGUUUUCUGGGUGGCAAUCCAAGUUCGUGAAAGUGAACAAGUAAAUGUUACAGUUAACGCAACUAUGUUAUCCAACGUUCUCGAUGUUUUGAAGAGCGGCCCGGGCGGCAACGGAACCGGUUCAAGGCUCAGCCAUGUCACGGUUCAGACAGGUACCCAACACUACAUGGGUCCGAUCCAUAAUCCGACGGAAUCGGGCCAGGGUCUCGAACCCCAUGAACCACCGUUUAGGGAGGAUUUGCCCCGCUUGCCUUACCCCAACUUUUACUACGCGCUAGAAGAUCUUUUGGAGUCAUACGCGCCAUCAUUGACCUACUCUGUGCACCGCUCGUCGAUCAUAAUAGGCGCGUCGUCGAGAAGCGUGUACAACGCGCUACUUACAUUAGCAGUGUACGCAUUGAUAUGUCGAUACGAGGGUUUACCGUUUCGAUAUCCAGGUAGCCGGUACACAUGGGAACAACAUAAUAGUGAAAUAGUAACAAAAGUAGUGAGAAAACAACAAAAAAACAGCAAAACAACAAAAAGGACAAUUUUUUUUAGCAAAUUUGGGUCAGGCUGAACUCGGGUCCAAAAAAAUAUUACUUGAAGCCUGGCCCGUUUUCUAAACAUGCCUCUCUCUUUUUUUUGUCUAAGUUUAUUUUUUAGGUCUAUAUUUUUACCCAAAUCCUCUCACAUUUCGUGUGGGCCUUCGGGCCGAGCCGGGUGACCCGACCCAUAGAUAAGUUUAGUUGAAAUGGGUAAAACCAAAAUUUUGAGAUAUCCAAAUCACUUAGGUUCAAAUCCUACUAUGUGAUUAACUUCUAAAUUUAUUUUGGGAAAAAAACAAAAACCUCAUAGAUAUAUUUAUUACUUUAUAAAAAAUAAAUAUUUUAAUAUUUUUUUAAUUAAACUAGUGUCCAAUUAACUCAUGACACAAACUCAAUAAAAAUUUCCCGCUUAUAUUUUUGAUCAUUGCAUUGCAUGAGGAAGAUGAUAUAUCAUUUAAAUAUUAAACGAUAAUUAUUGUAAAUAAAUUGGAGAAGAUAUAAAUCUGAAAUGUGACAAAUACCUUACACAGAGCCCAGUCUGCGGAAUCAAAGAAAGCACGUUCAUGGCCCUACAUAUAUUUAUUUUAAUUUAAACCUUCAAAAACAAAUAUUAUUUAUUUAUUUAAAGGCGGCUUCUUUGGCACCAGGCCUCCAUAUUUCUUGGCCGUUGCUUUUCCCUGUAAUAUAAAUCAGCAUUCAACUAUUUUUUUGAAUUCUAAAAAACAAAUGUCACGAUCAACUUUCAAACUGUAGCUUCUUUAUUUUGGCCAAACUUGACUGUGGGGUUUCAACUUUUUAUUUAUUUUCUAUAUUAUUCAAAAUUAAAAUUACAUAUUAACACUUAUUUAUUUGUAUGAUUAAAUAAUAA